AUGAAGGACGCUCAUGAGAAUGCCACUGCAGUGGACGUUCACGCCACCGAGACCAUCUCCGAUCUCAAAGAUGAGCAGGUUGUCCCGCAGCCUGUGAGCAAGGCAUCAUCCGUGAUGAUGGUGUUGGUCGGUGGACUGGCCUUGUUUUCCGAUGGCUACAACGCACAAAUCGUCGGAUACAUGAACACGGUGCUGGCGGAGCUGUAUCCCAAAGAAUACACCAAGGAUGUCAAGACCAGAGUCUCCAAUGCGUUUCUGAUCGGCGAAGUUUUUGGCAUGCUGUUCUUUGGCUGGGCAAUUGACAGGCUGGGCAGACGCAAUGGCAUUUUUUGGGCCACGUUUUUCCUGGUCUUGGGUCUGAUUCUGUCCACUGCUUCCCAUGGAACCAGUGUGAAUGGCAUGUUUUGGAUGAUGAUUAUCGGACGUGGUGUUGCUGGAUUUGGCGUUGGUGGCGAAUACCCAACCUGUGCUACUAGCGCUACUGAAGCUGCCGAUGAGACUCUCUCGGUUCGACGCCGUCGCGGUAUUCUGACGGCUGUUGCCACCGACUUUUCCAUCGAUAUGGGUUUCGUCAUUGCUGGUGUUGUUGCCCUUAUCGUUUUGGCCGCGUACAGUUGGAACGUCAGCGAUGGUGUCUGGCGAGUCAGUUUCGGCAUCGGCAUCGUUCUGCCGGUGGCAUUGCUUUUCUUCAGAUUACGACUCAUCAACUCUACCCAGUACCAGAAGCACGCUAUGAAGCAGCAUAUUCCGUACUGGCUCGUCAUCAAGCGUUACUGGAAGCCGAUGCUCGGAACGUCCUUGGCCUGGUUCAUGUACGACUUUGUUACCUACCCCUUUGGUAUCUUUGGCUCAACCGUCAUUGCAACUCUCAACCCCAACGACACGUUGAUGGAGAACAUUGGAUACGGAACCGUCCUCAAUCUGUUCUACAUCCCUGGUACAUUGAUCGGCGGCAUUCUCAUGGACAAGAUUGGCCGUAAACAGACCAUGACGCUUGGUUUUGUGCUCUGGUCUGUUCUCGGCUUCAUCAUUGGCGGUGCUCUGGACAAGAUUCUGCCCAUCUUCCCCCUCUUUGUCGUCUUGUACGGAAUUUUCAACACUCUUGGAGAAAUGGGUCCCGGUGUUGCCACAUUCCUUUGUGGUGCCGAGUCCUUCCCGACUCCCGUUCGCGGCCACUUUCUCGGAUUUGCUGCUGCUGUAGGCAAAGCCGGUGCCGCCAUUGGCACACAAGUCUUCAUUCCUAUCCAGAACUCGUUCGGUGACGCCAACAAGGGUGUUCAAGGCGUGUUUCUCAUUGGUGCUGCCUUUGCCAUGACUGGUGCUGCCAUUUCCUGGUUCUUGAUCCCGGACAAGGAGAGGGAUCUUGAGAAUGAGGAUAUCCUUUUUAGAGAAUACCUUGCUCAGCAUGGGUAUGCUGGUGUGUUUGGGGAAGUUAGCAAGACCAACUCUACCACUGCUACGUUGACCGAGUAG